GUCAUCAGCUCGCGCCGGCGGCGCCGCGACACCGCUAACAUGGAGGGACAGCUGUAUCGCCGGCUGCCGCCCGAGGAGAGCGGGGAGCUGCGCCUGCAGCCCCAGGACUCAGAAAAAGCCAAGGCAUUUGUGCAUGCCUUCCUGAAGCGUAGCAUGCCCAAAAUGAAAGAUGAAGCUAUCCAGGAGAUGCUAACUCGGAAAGCUGUCGUUCUGGAGCAUUAUCCCAAAAAAAAGACCAAGCCGAAGAGGAAGAAGACAAAAGGUUUUACCGCCAAGCAGAGGCGAGAGCUGCGUCUGUUUGAAAUUGAACCUGAACAGCAAAGAUAUGCCAUCUUCCUCCCCCUCCACGAGCUCUGGAAACAGUACAUCAGAGACCUGUGCCAUGGACUCAAACCCGAUGCGCAACCCCAUAUGAUUCAGGGCAAGCUGCUCAAAGCUGAUCUCCAUGGAGCCAUUGUUACAGUUACAAAAUCAAAGUGUCCCUCUUACGUUGGGAUAACGGGAAUCAUUCUGCAGGAAUUUAAACACGUCUUCAAAAUUAUCACUAAAGAGGACAAAUUAAAAGUUGUUCCCAAACUUAACAACGUAUUUAGCUUGGAGCUCGAUGGAUUCAUUUCCUACAUCUAUGGAAGCAAGUUCCUGCUCAGAGCAAGUGAGCGAUCUGCAAAAAAAUUCAAGUUGAAAGGAACUAUUGACCUGUGAUUUCAGGAGAAGUCAGAAGCAUUCACAGAAGCGUCUGCUGUUUUCCUGCAGUUCAAAGAGCGGGUCUUCUGGCAGAUGAAAGAAGCAACAGCCAUGUGAAAUAUUUAUAAAGAAUUUGUAUAAAAAGUAUCUGCUGUCUUUAAGCAGUCUCACCGACUGUUGAAAUUGGUUGUAUCUGGGUUUUUUUAUUAUUAUUUGUAUCUAAUAUUCUGGCUAAAAGUUAUAUCGUUAUUAUUAGCUGUCUAAUGUUUCAGUUUAUAAUUGUAAAUUUGUACAGUGAAAAUUACAUUUUGUAACUUUGUAAUAAAUGUUGUUGUUGCCUUCUGUAUAAAUUGGGCUUUAGCUGCCUGUUACAUGCUUGCAGUGGGACUGCAGGUACUCAGGACUGCUCUUUGUAAUCAUUGUACCUGGGCUAACAGCAGCAUCCUGUCGUGCUGCAGGCACGUGCAGAUACAUUGUUUCAGCUGGCAGGUUUUCCAGUGUGAAUGUAUAUCUAAUAUUGUACAAUGUAACCACACCCAGCAUGUCCUGCAGCCCGGUGCUGCUUUCAGGCUAAGUGAGGUCUCUAACACACAUUGUCAUGGCACAGUGCAGGAGCACAGCACAGCCCAUAAGAGGGAAGCACUUGAAGCUAAAAAUUCACAGAUGGAAGUGACCCCCAUUCAAUCUUGUAUUUCAAUUACCCGCAGAAUUGCUUUAUGAAUAUUUAACCUCUGUCCACAGAGCUAUUGUGCUUUGUCUAUCCUUGGUCCCUUUUUUAUUUUUUACUGUACACUUCAUUUUUGAUUGCCCAGGUUACAAUCCCUCAUUGACUGGGCAGGUUUGACGUGUUUGGGAGGUGGUAGUGACUGCUGUAUUUAGAUUGCUUAACGUUUUUCUUUUAUAAAAGUGCUUCUGUGGUGGCUUUAAGGGUAAUUUUCAGGAGCUUUUCAUCAAUUUCACUAUCAAAUGAAAGACUUGUAUCUAGGAAAAUUUUUUCCUAUC